AUGUUUAAUUUACUUGUGCUUGUUUGUGUUCUCAGUGCGUCAUACGCACAAAUACUUCAAGAAGGUGCGUUUGCUGCUGUUCAACCUGCUACAGCAGAAGCUAUAGCUCCAAUACCAUACGCGCAACUCCUUUCUCCAGCUGCUCCACUGGCUCCAGUAGCUCCAGUAGCUCCAGUAGCUCCCAUUGUAGACAUUGAAAAAUGUAUGGCCUGUAUCUGUGAUGCUGCUACAGGGUGCGUAAACAGGGGGUGUUCAGGCAAUAUUUGCGGACCUUACAGUAUCACCUGGGCAUACUGGUCCGAUUCAGCUCUAAAUGGCAAAUUCAGGUCGGCCAGCUUCGAAAGUUGCGCCAAUGACUUCGAAUGCUCCUCCAACAGUGUUGCCAACUACGUUCAAAGGUUCCAACAAGAUUGCGAUGGAGACGGUAAAAUUACCUGCGACGAUUUGAUGCUGGUACAUUUCUUGGGAGGAUAUGGAUGCAAAGAGAAGUUACCAGAACCUUUCUGGUCCAAGUAUCAAACUUGCAAAGCUAAGCUAGUUUUGUAA